UCCGGCCGCACCACAAGAGCUUCCGGUUGCGCUGGAUGUUGAUGUUCUGCGUUUGAUACCGGGCUGUGCUCGAAGUCCAGCGGGUCCUCUCCAGUCCCCUCCGCGUUUCUGUUCUUGGUGCUGUAACCUCCUCACCCGCCAAGAUGGCGAUGCAAGCGGCCAAGAGGGCGAACAUUCGCCUUCCACCUGAAGUAAAUCGGAUUUUGUAUAUAAGAAAUUUGCCAUACAAAAUCACAGCUGAAGAAAUGUAUGAUAUCUUUGGGAAAUAUGGACCUAUUCGUCAAAUCAGAGUGGGAAACACACCUGAAACUAGAGGAACAGCCUAUGUAGUCUAUGAAGACAUUUUUGAUGCCAAGAAUGCAUGUGACCACCUGUCAGGAUUCAACGUUUGUAACAGAUAUCUUGUGGUUUUGUACUACAAUGCCAACAGGGCAUUUCAGAAGAUGGACACCAAGAAAAAGGAGGAACAGUUGAAGCUUCUCAAGGAGAAAUAUGGCAUCAACACAGAUCCACCAAAAUAAAAGUUUCUCGCAUUUUCAUUUUGGACUAACACCUAUGAGUGACCACCACCACCAUUUUUUCCUUUGUAAUUAAUACUGAAUAUUGUUGUU